GCUGUAUUCUCAUGAAGAAGAUCAAGUUUCAGACCAAGCUGGAGCACGAAUACAUCCACAAUUUUAAGCUUCUACAAGCAUCAUUCAAGAAAAUGGGUGUAGAUAAGAUUAUCCCCGUCGACAAGCUGGUCAAGGGCAAGUUCCAGGACAACUUCGAGUUCCUGCAGUGGUUCAAGCGGUUCUUCGACGCCAACUACGACGGCUCGCCGUACGACGCGCUGGAGAUGCGCGGCGGCGGGCCGUUGGGCGGCGCCGCGGCCGGCAGGCUCGGGCCCGCCAAGCGCAUCCAAAUGGCGCGCCCGGCGCCGCGGGCCGCGCCCCGGCCAGCUGCGAAUCGUGCGGCGCCGGCGGCGAGGCCAGCGCCCCGGGCGGCCGCCGCCGGAAGACCAGCUGCCGUCGACAACCGACAGGCGGAGGUGGACGACUUGACACUGCAAAUGCAGGACAUGCGACUGAACGUCGAGGGCCUGGAGAAGGAGCGCGACUUCUACUUCGGCAAGUUGCGCGACAUUGAGGUCAUCUGUCAGGAGGAUGAGGGCGACAACAAGAUGAUCCAGAGAAUCCUGGACAUCCUCUACGCCACCGAGGAUGGGUUCGCCGUGCCGGACGAGGAGGACGGUGUGCCGCCGCCGCCCGAAGAGGAUGAGUACUAGACGGUCGCGGGUGGCGGCCGGCCGCGCGCGCGCUGGUAUUCCAUUAGCCUAAGGGCGCGGCGCGGCGCGGCCGGCGGGGCG